CUUUAAAAAAAAAGUUCUUGAAAAAACGUGAAGUAAACGUCAAAUGUGUGCAAUUUCACAAGAAGCAGCAAUUUUUAAACACAAAUGAAAACUUGCACAAAUAAACCAGAUGUGUUUAUUACCACAAAAGUCACAAUAUAUUAAUGGUGGAGAAUCACUGGUGGUACCAACACUCUUUUGACAUGAGAAAUGGGAUGUAAAGCAGCUGUUCAAGCAUUGCAAAAAGCCGAUUUUCUUAAAGCGAAAGUUAUACAAAAAUGUGAUUUACUAAACGAUGCACAAGCAUGGACAGAUCAACAACAGCUACAGACGAUCUAUCAUCAAGUACUUGUAUUGGACUUAGAAUAUGCUUUAGAUAAGAAAGUAGAGCAGGAGCUGUGGACUGUUGGGUUUAAGAAUCACAUCACAGCUUUGCAAGAACAAGUACGAGACAAAAAAAACCCUUACAGAUCCGACGCGCAGUCUCUAUUGGCAUGGUGUUUGGAAGCCGCUUCGGGUUUUUACUUAACAUUACUUCAAGAAUUAUGUAUGGCUUUCGAUUUAGAUUUACCAUUCCGUAAACGGCUCAGUAUUUAUAGUCAAACGAAGGCAUGGAAUGGUUCAGAACAAAUAAAUCCACCACAGACCUCUUCCUGUAUUUAUAUAUGCCAAUAUUGCCUGGUUCAUUUGGGUGACAUCGCUAGAUAUCGCAAUCAACGGAAACAAGCUGAAAGUUUUUAUAAACAUGCAAUUUUGCUAUCACCGACUAGUGGGCAACCAUAUAACCAACUUGCUCUACUACAAGCAAGUCAAGGAGACAAGUUAGCUGCAAUAUUUUAUUACGUUAGGGGAAUUGCUGUCAAAAAUCCCUUUCCUGCAACUGCAACCAACUUAGCUAACACGUUGUCACUUGCUAUUGAUAAAGAUGAUGCUAUAACGGAAGUACAAACAAAAUUGAAUGUAAAUGAAUUCAUCAGGAUGUUUAUCCGCGUGCAUGGUUUACUAUAUUCCGCAACAGAUCUUGAGCAAGCAGAAUUGGGUGUGAAAAGUUUAAACGCUACUCUUACACCUCUAGUAGCUACACAAAGUUUUACUGGACAUAAACUAAUACAGAUUACUACCAUUAAUUUAUAUGCUCUAAGACACACUGUUGGCGCCGGAACGUCGAAAACUGAAGAAUUGACUGAAGAUGAAAAUCAAGUACGAAAACUAGUUUUAGAUUUACUAGCAGGAUCGCUUAGUGCAUUCUUAUUACCAGUUUACACACUCACUCACGAUAGUACGCUGCUUGAAUAUUACGCGCUACCUGCAAUCAAACUGAUAUCUUAUUGGUUACAACAUGAAGCGCACGUAUUAAAAGAAAUUGUUUUUCAAAGUCGGCUGCAAAUUUGGCCUGGAUUGUGUAAAUUGCUGAACAGUUUACAAACUCAACUUAAAACUUUUGAUGGAGAAAAAUUUGUACAUAUGCCAUUGUCGGAAGAUAGAGAACUACACGGUUUCUUGCCAUUAGUGGAAUGUUUUGAAGGGUUAGAUUUUAAAUUGGAGGAACUUGAAGAGAAUUGUGAAACUGAGAAGUUAAUCAGAGGAAAAAGACUGAUCCAUUUUGGGAUUUGGUUAACAACCUACGAUGUGAACAAUGUUAAAUUGGUUGUUACUAAAACAAACGACGAAGAUAAUAUGACCAAUUUCGAACCCGGCUGUGUACAACCUGAUCCCACUACAAAACUGUUGGAGGAAAUGAAAUCGUUUAAUGUAGCCGAGUCUAGUCAAAUUCAAAAAGUCAAAGGGCCCGAAAGGCGGGGAGGUAUAUUAAAACCUCAAGGUUCAUUGGAGAAAUCAAGAAAGGAGCAGGAAACGGCUCUUAAAGAAAGCAAUAAUAAAUAUGUAGCUGUGAACAAUGUAACAAAUUCUAGCAACAAGGCUGAAUCCGCAAAAUUAAAACGUGUCAGUCAAAAUGUGGCUCUGCAAUCAAUAUUUAAAAAAAUGGAAGAAAACAAGCAGGUGAAGUUUGAUAUGGGCACAAUAGAAAAGGAAAAACCUCAAAAAGUGGAAGCAAAACCAGUGGUGAAUAAGCAACUACCAACACCUACCUACGUAAAUGCGUCAUAUUCGUCUAACUCUGCAUUUGCUCAAAGCAUCAAACCAAUGCAGAGCGAACCUCAAGAUUACUAUAAGAGUGCAUUCCAAAACUUUGCAAAUGUGCCUUUUGAAAGGACUGCCUUGCCACCUCUGCAAUUUCCAAAAAAUGAAAUUUCGAGUAGCUCAAACGAUUUAAAUACCCCCCACAAUAUUAACUUUUCAAUUCCACCACCAAUGUUUAAUAAACCGCCGCCACCGGUGCAAUCGAUGAAUCAAGCAUUUUCGACUAAUAUGCAGAGACCACUAAUGAAUCAGCAGUUACCGAUGCCAUAUCAGAAUUUGAACCAGUUUCCCCAAUCUCACGACUUUAAUACUUGGAAACAUGAUGACCGGCCUGCGUCGAACUGGUGGCCUAACACCACGCCUCCAGUAAAUACUAAUUAUCCGCCAAGAGAUUAUCAACUUAAUUUUCAAUUUGGCAAUAACAUGCCGUAUGGGAACACAAAUAUUGACUACGGAAAUCAGCAGACACUUCCAUCGUCUGGCAUGUUAGGAAGACCUUGGAGUAAUCAAAGCAACGUCAGUUCAACUCCAGGAUUGGUAGGAUUUGACUCGCCCAAUCAAGGGAUGUCAUUGAGACAAACUAUGUUAAAGGAAACCAGAAAUUUAACUCCCAUUGAAAGUUUAAAUACCAAUCAUGAAAAUCAAGAUAAAAUUAUGCAAGUAUCUUCCAGUGCACAAGGCUAUUCGUUAUUCAAUUCCAACAGUUGGUCGCCCAGUCUUCCAGGCCAAUUUAGAAAUAGUGAAAGUUCAUCGGAAGGACUAUUACACAAUUUACGUCAACAAUCGUUGUUUCCAAGACAAGCUUCUCUUCAACAGCUGCUAGAACGUCAAAAUCAGUUUAAAAAGGGGGAGAGUUAGCAACAUUAAAUACGCAUCUAUUGUGCAAGGGAAUGACCACAAACUAUCAUUGUAUCUUUAAUGUUCGGAGAUUCCGUUUACUCAUUAAUGUAUGAUGCAAUGAUACACCAAGAAGAAACAUCAUUUAAUGUAUUUUUAAAAGUUGUAAUUGUCAGUUGCAACACUGCAAGAAACUUUUAUGUAUGUCUUAACGGAGAUUAGAUUAUCUAUCUGACAUUUUGUUUGUUAAUAAAAAUUAAUCUAACCA